UGAAAAAAAUAUUAACACUCAAGCACUUUCCAUUCUUAUUCUUAAUAUUUGUUUAAGUUAAGCAAAGAAUUCACAAAACAUUUCGGCAGUUUGACACAAAGAAGCUCAAAAGUCGUCCCGGCAUUCACCAACUGCGCCAUGUUCACAGUACUCUUUGAAGUCCACCCCUCAUUGGAGACAAAGGCCCUCUACCUUGACAUUGGGAGAGCUCUCAGGCCCGAACUACUGAAAAUAGACGGUUUCAUCGAUAAUAUAAGAUACGGCUCAGUAACUAAACCUGGAUGGGUCUUGUCACUUUCUACUUGGAGAGAUGAAAAGUCACUAGUUAGAUGGAGAACUCAGGGCCGCCACCACGGAGCUCAAGAGAAGGGUAGAAACGAAGUAUUUCUCGACUAUCGAUUGAGAAUAUGCGAAAUUACAGCAGACACGCACAUACCUGAAGGAUAUGGAAUACAUGAACAGAGGCUGGACAUCACACGAGCGGGUGACGCGGAGGCCGUUGUGCUGAUUAGCAUGAACAAAACGGGGCUACAGAACCCAAAUCCCGAGGAAGUCCUCGACUAUUUUCGUCUGGAAUCAAACAAGAUCAAAGACCUAGUGUCAUGGGAUGUUUUUGAUGCUGUGCUUGACCCAGGCGAUAUUAUAGCCUAUCUGUCGUUUACAACUGCAAAUGCUGCAUCGGAAUUUCUCAAAGGGUGUGAAGAGAAAAACGAUUUCAGAUACAGGGGUGGAAGAGUCAUAAGAGAUUAUGGCAUGUACAACCGACAUGAAGCGCCUCAGUAUUAUCCAGAUAUUGAGCGGAGAGAAUAGACUAUUUAGAUACAGAUACAUAUAUUGC